AAAUAUUUAUCAUAGCAACCGGUAUCAUAGCUGUAUUGUAGCCGUUACAGUAAUUAAUAAUAUUAUAUUUAGGAGUAGCAGUAAUCAAAAUGCAACCGGCAUUCAAUACUUUAUCGAAUCCUGAUUUCUAACAAAUAAAUAGAAAAGUUUACUUGUUAUUAGAAACUUCUACCCUAUUCUAAAACGAUUCAUUAUGUUUAUUUAUAUGAGCAAAAAGAUUGCUAUUCCAAAGCAAGCCAGUGUAACUUGCUUGUCAUGGGAUCAAUCAUCUGGCUAUAUUGCUGUGGGUGGUCAGGGUGGAAUGUUGAAAGUUUUGAAAUUAGAAUCAGGUGGUGGUGGUAAUUUAUCAAUGAAUUUAAGUUUAGAAGGACACACUGGUCAAAUUUGUGUAGCUGUUUGGAAUGAACACUUUCAGAAACUCACCACCAGUGAUGAACAUGGUGUUAUAAUUGUUUGGAUGUUAUACAAGGGAUCCUGGUAUGAAGAAAUGAUAAAUAACAGAAAUAAAUCUACAGUGACUGGUAUGGCAUGGGGAUCUGAUGGUCAAAAAAUAUGUAUAGCAUAUGAAGAUGGUGCAGUAAUAGUAGGAUCAGUUGAUGGUUCAAGAGUAUGGGGUAAGGACAUAAAGGGGCCCGGUUUGAGUGCUGUGCAAUGGUCGCCAGAUAAUUCGUCAUUACUAUUUGCUUUGGCUAAUGGUGAACUGCAUUUGUAUGAUGAUCAAGGAAACUUUAUGAUGCCUAUAGCCAGCAACAGUGCUUCAAGUGGUUUGGACAUCGUGAGUAUGGACUGGUUCUCUGGCAAGGCACCAGCCAACCGACCUGUGCUGGUAAUCUGUUACAGAAGUGGUCUGAUGCUGCUAAUGAAGACAUGUACUGAGGAAGAAAGCGUGAUGGUAGAAACAAACAUGAGGAUAAUCGACGGUCGCUGGAACCACAAUGGCAGCGUGGUCGCCGUCGCCGGCCGCACCCCUGAAGAGGCCAACGUUGUUCAGUUGUUCAGCGCGUAUGGUGAGAAUGUAAGAACGCUGCGAGUGGCCGGUGGUGCCAUGCGCGCCAUCUCUUGGGAACGUCAUUCACUACGACUCGCCAUCGCCGUCGACUCGUUCAUAUACUUCGCCAACGUCAAACCGGACCAUAAAUACGCGUUUUAUGGAAAUACUUUGGCGUUUCUGUCAGGAACAGACACUGUUACAUUUUGGGAUACUGUUACUCAUCAGUCCUGGAUCAACCACAUACCAGAUGUCGUGGACAUGUGCGGCGUGGAUGAAUACUGUGUUAUAGGAACCAUGGACUCUCUGAUCAUAUCUAACCAACAAGGAAUCCAGUGUGAUGCAACAACAGUUACGAUACCAGUGUCGUUUGUCGCGAUCAACAGCAAAUCUAUAGCUGUGGCAGCCUCAACGGAAACCUUCCUUGUAUGGAGAUUUUCUACUCCAGUCAGGCCGCGAAUCACGGAGCAGUAUUACAACAUUGACGGUUCGCCGGCAUCGGCAGCCGAGGGCUUCCACGAUGACACCAUUUGCUGCAUCACGUGCUCGGACACACACUUGUUGGUGGGCAGAAGUUCUGGCAUUAUUCUGCUAUUUUCAUUGGUCCACUUCAAGAAGAUAUCGCAGAUCAAUAUCAAUACCAAACCGUACCGUUUGGGGCUUAAUUCUAACUCGAGUAAAUUUUUCGUGAUAGAUACGUCGGGGAAUCUGUUCACCUUGGACACGGACAUGAGCACCAACAUCAGCGUUGGUCAGCCGCUGCGCAAGGACGUGUGGAGCGCGCUCUGGGCAUCCGACAACGUGCACCUGCUGGCUGCAGCCGAGAAGGCCCGGCUCUACGUCAUGAGGGACCUGGAGCCCGAGGAGCCGCUCACCAUCAACGGAUACUUGUGUGCCUUCAGGGAGCUGGAGAUCACAACAGCACUACUGGACAGCAUAUCAGAGCAAUGUAACCCGUCGCACGUAGUGAGAGUGGAGGUGAAAUCGCUGAGAGACACGCGGCAGCUGAUCGAGAAGGUGGGCCUGAAGGAAGCGGAACAUUUCAUUAAGGACAAUCCACAUCCCAAGUUAUGGCAAUUAUUAGCAGAAGCAGCGUUGAGGAAUGUCGAAGCGGAAUCCGCGUUGGAUACGGCGGAGGCGGCGUUUGUGAGAAGGAGCGACUACGCCGGUAUCAGAUUUGUAUCGCGACUAAACGCGCUACACUCCAAUGCGCUCAGGAAAGCCGAAGUUCUGACGUACUUCAAGGACUUUGAUGGCGCUGAAAAGAUUUACCACAACGAAGAUCGCCGCGAUUUAGCGAUAAUUUUACGAAAACGCCUCGGGCACUGGUUUCGUGUGGUGGAGCUCCUGAACAUGUCUGUCACCACCACUGACUCCCAGCUGAAGCAAGCAUACAGUCACAUUGGGGAUUACUACAUUGACAGACAAAAUUGGGCGGGUGCUAUAGAAUAUUACAAAAUGUCUAAUAAUACAGAAGGCUUGAAGAAAUGUUACACGGCUUUAGAGGACAACGAAUCACUUACAAAACUUUUUGCAACAUCUACUUGUAAUAUUAAGCAUGAUAACAUCGUAAGACAAAAUGAUGAAACUGUAGACAUAAACCAGGAGCCGACUAUUGCGGCCAUAACACAGUUAAAAGAUAACGGAAGAAUACUGCACGCAGCAUCCAUGGCUUUUCAGUUGGCGGAAACAGAAGCCUCUAAGAACGCAUCCCCAAUGAGGAUUAAAAAGUUGUACCUUCUAGCUGCAAAUUUAUAUAGUCUCAGCUCUGUUGAUGGAUCUAGGAGUCGGGACGCAAUCCGCAGUUACCGCGCGGCGCGUGCGCAGCAUUGGGCGUGCCUUGCGAUAGUGCGUGCGCGCGGGCAACCCUUCCGCUCCGACCUGGCGCUGCGAGCGGCGGCGAGGCUGGCAACACAGGUCGAACUCCUGCAUCAGGCACAACAUACACAGGCGUGGUGCACAGUUGCUGCAAUAGCAUUACAAGCGCGAGCCUUCGAUUUAUGUUCAAAGGCCUUUAUUAAAUUAGAAGCAAUGGCUCCUGAAAAGUUCGAAGAUCUGGCCAUCGAGGUCUUUACACAAUGUAAGCCGAAGGAUGCUAAAGGAAAUAAGAUAGAAUGUCCGAACUGCCUAGCCUCUCUGCAAGAUUGGAUGGCGUCGUGCCCCGCGUGCUCUGCAGUGUUCGAAGGAUGCGUAGCGAGCGGGCGACCCCUGCUCGCGCCGCACACCGUAUGGACAUGCUCCAAGUGCACCUCACAGGCGCAGCAACACGAGAUAGUUCUCAGACAUUCCUGUCCAAUGUGUCACGCUCAUAUUUCAUAAAUAAUAUAAUGUUCUCUCUGUUA